AUGGAAAGACAAAGGAUGAACGAGAUUGUUAAAGAUCUAGAAUCUAUUUGGAAGUUAGAGGAGAUUAAAGCUAGACAAAGAUCUAGGGAUAGAUACGUAAAAGAGGGUGAUAGAAACACAGCAUAUUUUCAAGCUGUGAUAAAUCAAAGAAAUAGGAAAAAACGUAUUUCUGGGUUAGAAGGCCCUGAUGGUUGGAUAGAUGAUAACAAAGGCAUGCUUGAGCAUGUUGUUGACUUUUACAGAAAACUGUUUGAUAAAGAAGAAAAUAGUUGUGUUAAGUUAGGACAAGAUUUUUGGGAAGUGGAUGAAAAAGUGACUGCCUUAGAAAAUGAGAUGUUAGAAGCUUUGUUAGCUUCCUAG